AUGGCGACUAUUACCCCAGACCCCGCGAAACCCAUCCCUGUCGAGACGUCAGACGAGAUCUCUGCCUCCAAGAUCCAAGAUGUCUCCGACCUAGGCGCCGUUAUCGACUCGCGGGCCGAGCGAUCUCUGGUCUGGAAGUUCGAUCUGCGCAUCCUGCCCGUGCUGGCUAUCAUGUACCUGUUCAACAGUCUCGAUAAAUCCAAUCUAGGCAAUGCCAAAACGGCAGGGUUAGAAGAAACCCUCAAUCUCAAAGGAGGGCAAUACAAUCUGAUUCUCAGCAUCUUCUUCAUCCCCUACGUCCUAACGGCUCCGUUCCUCGGUAUCCUUGGCAAAAAAUACGGCCCCAACGUGGUGCUACCCUGCAUGAUGUUCAGCUUUGGUCUAUUUACAAUCCUGGUGGUGGCUGUCUUCAAUUUCAGCGGGCUGCUGGCCAUCCGAUGGUUCCUGGGCAUGGCCGAGAGUGCUUUCUUCCCUCUGGUCAUCUACUAUCUCACCACAUUCUACCGCCGUGGAGAACUGGCUCGGCGCCUGGCCAUCUUCUACGCCGCACAGAGCAUUGCAUCGGCAUUCUCUGGUCUUCUUGCUUUCGGUGUCUUCCAAAUCAAGUCCGGACCUCUGGCCGAGUGGCGUUAUCUGUUCCUCAUCGAGGGUGGCGGAACCGUGCUCUUCGCCAUCUUUGCCCUCUGGUACUUGCCGCGCUCAGCAUCAGAUGCAUCCUUCCUUUCCUUCGAAGAACGGGAACUGGCGCAUCUGCGAUUGCAAGUGGACAGUUCCGCCGUGGUCAACGAGAAGCUAAACAUCCGCGACGCCCUACGAGUCUUCAAGCAACCCACCAGCUGGGCCAUUAUCGCCAUUCAGAUCUGCCUCGGCGUUCCUCUGCAGUCCGUGCAGCUCUUCCUGCCUCAGAUCAUUCAACGACUCGGGUACGGCACCGUGAAAACCAACCUCUACACCGUGGCGCCGAAUGUCUCUGGGGCCGUGGUGCUCCUGAUCCUCGCAUUCUGCAGCGAUUGGACCCGGUGGCGGUUCCCGUUCGUGGCGCUGGGAUUUCUGUUCACGUUUAUCGGCUUCGUCAUCUACUCUUCCAUCGAUGUCGAGUCCGCACUGGGGGUCGCGUACUUCGCCUCGUUCAUGAUGACCUGGGGAACGUCGGCACCGUCGGUCCUUCUGGACGUGUGGUAUAACAAUAACAUUGCCAAUGAAGGACGUCGCAUGCUGCUGACCAGUAUUGCUGUCCCCAUGGCGAACCUGAUGGGUGUCGUGAGCUCAAAUAUCUUCCGCAAUCAGGACGCGCCUAAGUAUAUGCCCGCCCUCGUCACGACGGCAGCGUUCGGCGGAGCGGGAAUUAUCCUGACCCUGCUGCUGGGUUCGUGGAUGAUGGUGGACAACAAGCGCCGGAACUCCAGACAGGGCUUGAAUCUACGGGCGCAAGACGUCCCGACAGAAAGGCUUCAAGAUGGACCGGACAGUCCGGAUUUCCGAUGGUGUUAUUAA